CAGAGCCUUGCACAACACUGAUCCUGUUGUGAGAGCGGAGAGAUAGGAGUAUCACUGAUCUCUGAAAGCAAGGAGCAGCUUCUUACUAUUGGGGGUGAGAGUGACAGAGCAGGCAGGACAGCAGCUCACUACGGUCGUCUGGGACCACGGCAAAGCAAACUGACUAUACUAUCCUCCUGCAUCAUUCUGCUGCCAGAUAGAGCACUGCAGAGCGCUGGCCAGAGCUUCAGCGAUGGCUUCUGCUGAUCUGAGACGGGAGCUGGACUGUUCCAUCUGCCUGAACAUUUAUACAGAUCCUGUAACCCUGAAAUGUGGGCACAACUUCUGCCGAGUCUGUAUUGAUCAUGUGCUGGAUACACAGGGGGGGUCUGGAGUUUUCACCUGUCCAGAAUGCAGAGCGGAGUAUCCGGAUCGUCCUCCCCUGGAGAGAAACAGAAAGCUCUGCAAUAUUGCAGAACGUGUACGCUCCAUUCCAGAGGAGGGAACUGGGGUGUUCUGCACUUAUUGUGUCCACUCUCAAGUAUCUGUUCUUAAAACCUGUCUGAAGUGUGAAGCUUCUCUCUGUGAUAUACAUUGGAGGACACACAACAAGUCAGCAGAACAUGUGUUGGUUGAUCCCACCACUUCCUUGGAGAAAAGAAUAUGCUCCAUCCAUAAAGAGAUCUUGAAGUAUUUCUGCACUGAAGACGCUGUCUGCAUCUGUGUGUCCUGCAGUUUGGCUGGAGAGCACCGGGGACACCUAGUGGAGAUGCUGGGUGAGGCCUCCGAGAAGAAGAAGGAGAAAUUGGGAAAUGUUCUGCAGAAACUGACCACAAAGAGAGAGGAGACUGAGAAAAGUAUCCACAGUCUGCAGGAGUGCAUGAGAGAAGAUCAGGGAAAAGCAGCUGGUUUAACAGAGACAAUAACUGCCCUGAUUAGAGAGAUCAGGUUCCAGCUGGAGGACCUAGAGAAGAGAGUCCUGUAUGAGAUCUCAAGACAGGAAAAACGCGUUUCACUUUCCGUGUUUGAACUGAUCCAGCAGCUGGAACUAAAUAAGGAUGAGAUGGCCAGGAAGAUGCGUCACAUUGAGGAGCUGUGUAACAUGUCUGAUCCAAUGACUGUUUUACAGGAACCAGGCACAGAUGACUUGUGUGAUACAGAGGAGCUGUGUUGCAUGACUGAUCCAAAGACUAUUGUCCAAAAACAGGAUAGGGAAAAGGAGGAGGAGGAGGAGGAGGUGCUGGAGGGGGGCACUGAGGAGAACGAGGAGGAGAGGGGGAAUGAGGAGAAUGAGGAGCGGGAUAAUGAGGAGGAGGAGGGGGAUACUGAGGAGGGUGAGAAACAUAAUGAGCAUGUCCAUAAAGUAGGAGAUCUGGAUGUGGGUCUUAUCUUGGGGAAAUUACAAACAUUAUCUGAUAUAAUAACAGGUAUAAACGUAUGCUUCUAUGUGCAGAAACCAGAAGACAUAUCACUGGAUGUAAACACAGCGGGUAAUUAUAUACUUAUAUCUGGUGACAUGAAAACUGUAUCCACGUCUUCAAUAGAACAGAAUCAUCCAGAGACACCAGAGAGAUUUCAGGAUCAUUCUCAGGUAUUAAGCACCAGGAGAUUCUCCUCUGGGCGACAUUACUGGGAUGUGGAUGUCAGUAAAUCAAUUUUUUGGAGUGUGGGGAUGUGUUAUCCCAGUACAGAAAGAAUAGGAGAUCAAUCAGAAAUUGGAUAUAACAACAAGUCUUGGUGCUUGGAUAGGACUGAUAAUGAGUAUUCAGUGAUACAUGAUAGUGAAAAGAUCCCGUUAUCUGACAGUAUUCCCUAUGAUAGAGUGAGGAUGUAUCUGGAUUAUGAGGCUGGACAGCUGUCCUUUUAUUCUCUGUGCGACAUGAUCCGACACUUACACACAGUCACUGCCACCUUCACUGAGCCCCUUCAAGUUAUAUUAGGUGUGUGGGAAGAGGGUUCUAUAAAGAUAUCGGUGGAAAAUCUGGAGCUGUCAGGGAGGGGAAUCUGAUUGGUAGAAUAUUUAGUGCAUAGAAUGAUGCAGUAGUUACAGUAAUUUAUAUGUAUAUGAAGACAGUGAGCCUGGCUGAGGCGUAACUGUGGGAGGCAAUGGAGUCGGUUGCCGCUGGGCUCCUGCUCUUAGGGGAGGCACCUCUCCUCCUGUUCCGUGUUCAGCGACACAAUUCAAUUAAUUGACAGCCGCCGCUAUCUCUUCUGUGGCCGACUCCUCUCUUCCACCUUACAGGUCACGCUCUUUAUUAUAGAUGCACAUUUUAAAAGUGUCAUACCCAGGAUUUGAACCCACAACCUAUUACACUGGAAGCAGGCACCUUACUGAUAGAGAUAUUUGCUCCUGUAUAUGAAGCAUGAGAAUUCUAACUAAAUGAAGUUAUAUGUAAGUGUCAGAGAAGUU